AUGGAUGCUCUAACCCUAAGAGUAGAAAAUAUGUCUCAAAACCCUGCCACGGUAGCCGCUAUCCAAUCGGAAUGCGAACUAUGUGGAAUCCAAGGACAUCAAACCUCUGAUUGUAACCUACUGAAUGAGUCUAGUUCAGAACAAGUCAAUUAUACCCAAGGAAACCCAUUUUCAAACACUUACAAUCCUGGAUGGAGGAACCACCCUAAUUUUUCCUACAAAAAUAAUAACCCAAUCCAAAAUCCUGGACCCUCUAGACCGCAAAGUUACCCGACUCAAAAACAAAACCAACCUAUGCAAGUUGUACCACCAAGACCCAGUUUUAGGGAGACGGUAGAAAAAUUUAUUCUAGCCCAAACCCAACAGAACAAAGAGUUCCACAACCAAAACAAUCAUAUUAUUGACCUAAUAACAAAACUAGGAACCGAGUUUGACCAAGUCAUUACUCAUAAUAAGAUGCUUGAGACUCAGAUCUCGCAAAUAGCUCAGACACCAGGCGCACAAACUAUGCUUGGAGGUCAAUUCCCAGGUCAAACUCAACCCAAUCCAAAAGGGCAAGCAAACGCAAUUACCUUAAGAAGCGGAACCGCUUAUGAUGGACCUAAAAACCCAACAUUGAGCGCACCCGAAAAACAUGAGGAAAAUGUCGUGCCUACGGACCAAGUGGAAAAACCAGAAGAAUCUACAAAACAACCCAACCAAGGAGUAGAAACGAAAGACAAGGAUUACACACCUCCACCUCCGUAUAAAUCACCUAUUCCUUAUCCGCAAAGACUUAAGAAGAGUAAGAUAGAAAGUCAGUGCCAAAAAUUCAUCAAGGUGAUAGAAAAACUUCGCGUGGAAAUUCCUUUUACAGAAGCAAUCACCCAAAUACCAUCAUAUGCUAAAUUCUUAAAAGACAUCUUAUCUAACAAGCGCAGACUCGACGAUCCUAAACCCUUAGAAUGA